AUGUCGGUAUCUGUCGAGCAUAUUCUGCUUCAAGAUAUUCAGCCGAUUGCUGGGUUCCCCGUCACCGCGCAGGUCAUCAACUCUCAGGUUCAUAUUGAACCCAGCAACGCCAACUUCUUGUCUCUCUACCGAUACGCGACGCCGUUACAGUUAUGCACGCUUUUCGGCUCAGCAUUAUGCGCAAUUAUUGCUGGUGCAGCGAUGCCCUUGGUCACUGUAGUGUUCGGGUUAUUGGCAGAUGAAUUCAUUAAUGGAGAUGCGAAGUCUUCGCAGUAUGUCAUCGCGACCGGGUCGUUUGCGACGACUUUGAUCAGCACAUGGGGCUUCAAUGCAACUGGGGAGCGACUCACGCGUCGGCUCCAACAAACUCUCUUGUCUUCAGUUAUGCAGCAGAACAUAGCAUAUUUUGACAUUAUUGGAGCAGGCGAGUUGAUCUCAAAUCUGGAUCAAGACAUGAAGUUGAUACAAGACGGUAUCUCCCAAAAAGUGGGCGAUAUUAUCUCUGGGCUAUCUGGAUUCGCAGUCGCCUUGGUCUGUGCUUUCAUGAGCAACCGGCGAUUCGCGUCCAUCAUGAUCACUCAGCCAAUAUCUCUCAUUUUACUCGUUGGAUUGAUGGGAUCGUGGUUAAGUAAAACACAGCGAAAGGGGUUGGCGCAUAGUGUGAGGGCGAACAAUUUUGCCCAAGAGGUCCUUGGGGCCAUGAGAAAUGUAAUCGCCUAUCGCAGCCAAGAAAGAUAUACCGAAAAGUACCGCGGCAUCUUACGGUAUCUGUCUGUCUUGGACUUUUGGGAGCGGCUGAUAUUCGCUGUGAUUGUUGCGGGUUCGUUCGCCAUCCUGCACUGGGGCAAUGGACUUGGGUUCUGGCAAGCCGAGCGUUUGAUUAGUCUGGGUCAGUGUACUAUCUCAGAGGUAUUGACUAUCCUGUAUGCUACGACGGUUGCUGGGGCAUCUCGGGUCUUCUCGGUAAUUGACCGAGUCUCUGCAAUAAACCCUUUAGAAGAGACAGGUUUAAAGCUCGAUCUGAUCACUGGAGUCAUUCGGUUUGAAGAAAUCAGCUUUGCUUACCCCUCGCGCUUGGGGCACCUGGUCCUUGAUAAUGUCAGCUUCGAAGUGCCCGCGGGAGAUACUGUUGCUUUGGUCGGGCCAUCUGGCUCUGGAAAGUCUACAGUAUUUGCUCUACUAGAGCGAAUGUACCACCCACUGGGUGGUCGAAUAACGAUAAGUGACACACCCAUUACGGAAAUGAAUAUCUCUUGGUUCCGAUCUCAGAUUGGUUACGUUGGUCAAGACAUUACCUUGUUCAACACAACGAUCCAUUCGAAUAUUGCCCACGGACUCCCAAGAAAUGUUCAAGAGACACUGGAUGAGAUGAGCAUCAGGCAACGAGUCGUCCAAGCAGCUGAAACUGUCGGCAUCCAUUCCUUCAUCGCCAAUUUGUCUCAAGGAUACGACACAGUCAUUGGGGCAAACGGAUCAAGACUAUCAGGUGGCCAAAGACAACGACUCGCAAUUGCGCGCGCAAUUAUAUCACAGCCCGCAAUUUUAUUGCUAGACGAGGCCACAGCCGCACUCGAUAGUCAAAGUGAGAAUGAUGUCCAGGAAGCUCUCAAUGCGGCUGCUUCUGGGCGCACUACCAUCAUAAUUGCCCAUCGCCUCUCGACGAUUCGAAAUGCAGACAGAAUCAUUGUUAUGGCAGAUGGCACAAUAUUGAAUGAAGGAACCCAUACAGAGUUGAUGCGAAAAUGCUCACUGUAUCAAGAGCUUGUUGGACAACAAGAAUUCAGCUCGAAUAAUCGAGAAGAGAAAGACCUAGCUAUGCAGAUAGUCCAGACAAAGACACAGCCAGGUCGCGUCUCUAUCAGGACCAGUGCCGCACCAGCUGAAGAUGAUUCUUCAUCUGCAGCGCAUUUUGGAAGCAGUAUCAAGAUAAUCUGGGGGUUGAACAAUCCAGAAGUUUUGUAUACUUCUGCAGGCAUCGUCUUGAGUGUGCUUGCUGGUGCGACAUACCCCAUCCAAGCAAUUUUCUUUGGAAAUGGAAUCAUCUCGAUCUUAAAUCCCUCUUUGAGUACAGGUGGCCACACCACUCAAUACUGGGCAACAAUGUAUUUGAUCCACGGAUUCAUUGUGCUUCUGGUAUACUGUCUCCGAGGAUAUUGCUUCGCUGUGUCGGCGUGUCGACUGAGUCUUCGAACCCGGUCGGAACUGUUCAAAACGUUCCUCUUCAAAAGCAUCCCUUUCUUCGAGGAAAAGGAUCAUUCAACAGGAGCAUUGGUUAGCUUUCUCUCCUCGGAGACUGUCAAAGUGAUAGGCGUAUCAGGAACGUCCCUCGGGCUCGUGGCCGAAAGCAUUAUGAUGCUUGGAACUGGAGUUGUUAUUGGAUGCAUCUUUGGCUGGAAGAUCGGACUUGCUGCGAUCGCGACCGUUCCACUUGUGGCAGCCUCUGGAUUCCUGCAGUAUUAUAUUGUUGCGCAGGUUGAGAAAUUUGUCAGGCGUGAUACCGACGCCGUAGUUGUUGCUCAUGAGGCUUUCACUGCAAUUCGAACUGUGACGGUACUCGGCCUGCAUAACUCAGUCAUGGAAUCAUUUCAAAAGGCAAUUGACCGAGAUAGGCGAGCCAAAUACUGGAUUCUUUCUGCUACCAUGUAUGCAUGCACGACAUCCUUACGCAUAUUGAGCAUUGCGUUUGUAUUUUGGUACGGAGGUACUCACCUCAUCGCAACGGGCGAGUAUAAUAUUCAGCAGUUUUUUAUCUGCUUUGCUGCGACAGUCUGGGGAACACAAUCGGCAGCGACGCUCUUUUCGCGUGCUCCAGAUAUUGCUGGUGCUCAUGGUGCUGCUCAAAGAGUGAGAGACUUGAUGGAAAUACAGCCUUCACUACGCUCUGGAACGCCAAGAACUAGUACUUCUCUACCUGCACCAAGUGCAACAGAGGAUCUGUCUUUGCAACAUGUCAGCUUCAAAUAUCCAGCACGUCCAGCUCAACUCGUUUUGAACGAAGUUAGCUUUGAAGCCCCUCGUGGGUCUUUUAUUGCACUUGUCGGAACGACUGGUAGUGGUAAGAGCUCCGUGAUAAACUUGAUAGAGCAGUUUUAUACGGCAGAGCGUGGUGACAUAAGGCUUGCCAAUACAUUGAUUGCAGAAUACUCUGUGGAUAGCUAUCGCGAGUAUUUCGCACUCGUCGAUCAGAAUCCAUGCUUAGUUGGAGACGACUUGCGGGAAUGUUUACAAAGCGGCAAGCGAUAUUUCUCUGAUGAUGAAAUCCAGGGAACUUUGGAGUCUGUUGGACUGGGAGAAUUUGUGUUAUCUCUUCCGCAAGGAUUGAGUACUUCUGUCUUAGGCAAUGGUUCCAUGCUUUCUGGUGGGCAGCGCCAGCGCAUAGCGAUUGCUAAGGCUCUUCUACUCCGGCCUAAAAUUCUUCUGCUAGAUGAGGCAACCUCUGCACUUGAUACUGCAUCGGAGCAUCUAGUCCAAAGGGCUAUAAGAGACGCCAUGAGAGGCCGGACUACGAUCGCGAUUGCUCAUCGAUUGAAGACCAUUGUCGAUGCCGACGAGAUCCUUGUGUUUGAUUAUGGCAGGAUUAUUGAAAGAGGAACCCAUGAUGAGUUGAUAAAGAUAAAAGGUAAAUACUGGCAAAUGGCCACCUUGCAGGAACUAAGUGGGAAGACUAAGUAUGUGAUGAAUCCCUAG